CCUUCAUCCUCCACUCACUGCCUCAAUCUUGGACAGUGUACUCACAGUAUCCUCCCAACAAUAAAGAAAUUCCCUGCCUGAUAAUAUUCACCUCAUCGCUCCAUCCCCUCCAGAACAAUGCGUGAGUGCAUCUCUAUCCACGUUGGUCAAGCUGGAGUCCAGAUUGGCAAUGCCUGCUGGGAACUGUAUUGUCUUGAGCAUGGCAUCCAGCCGGAUGGGCAGAUGCCCAGCGACAAGACCAUUGGAGGAGGUGAUGAUUCCUUCAACACCUUCUUCAGUGAGACUGGAGCUGGAAAGCACGUCCCCAGGGCUGUGUUUGUAGACCUGGAGCCCACUGUCAUUGAUGAGGUGCGCACUGGGACAUACCGUCAGCUGUUCCACCCUGAGCAGCUCAUCACAGGAAAGGAAGAUGCUGCCAAUAACUACGCCCGUGGUCACUACACUAUUGGAAAAGAAAUCAUUGACCUGGUGCUGGACAGGAUUCGCAAACUGGCUGACCAGUGCACAGGCCUCCAGGGUUUCCUGGUGUUCCACAGCUUUGGUGGUGGAACCGGUUCUGGUUUCACCUCUCUGCUGAUGGAGCGUCUGUCUGUCGACUAUGGCAAGAAGUCUAAGCUGGAGUUCUCCAUCUACCCUGCUCCUCAGGUCUCCACCGCUGUUGUAGAGCCUUACAACGCCAUCCUGACCACCCACACCACCCUAGAGCACUCUGACUGCGCCUUCAUGGUAGACAAUGAGGCCAUUUACGAUAUUUGCCGUAGGAACCUUGACAUUGAGCGUCCUACUUACACCAACCUCAACAGGCUGAUCAGUCAGAUUGUGUCCUCCAUCACAGCUUCCCUCAGGUUUGAUGGUGCCCUCAAUGUCGAUCUUACCGAGUUCCAGACCAACUUGGUGCCCUAUCCUCGUAUCCACUUCCCAUUGGCUACCUAUGCCCCAGUGAUCUCCGCAGAGAAGGCUUACCAUGAGCAGCUCUCUGUGUCUGAAAUCACUAAUGCUUGCUUCGAGCCAGCUAAUCAGAUGGUGAAAUGCGACCCGCGUCACGGCAAGUACAUGGCUUGCUGCCUGUUGUACCGUGGUGACGUGGUGCCCAAAGAUGUGAACGCCGCAAUUGCCACCAUCAAGACCAAGCGCACCAUCCAGUUUGUGGACUGGUGUCCCACUGGUUUCAAGGUUGGCAUCAACUACCAGCCUCCCACUGUGGUUCCAGGUGGUGAUCUGGCUUGA